GAAAAUGGAUGGAUGGAAUUUAUAAUAGGUUUUCUUGCAGUUCAACUGUGAGACAACACAUUCUCCCGUUUUCUACAUGAAGCACUUUGCUUUAAAUGACAUACAUCUUAAUGUCCAGUGUUAAAGAAUCAUGCUUUCUUUCUUCAUUUUAACAUUUUUACUUUGUUCAACUGUGUUUUCAUAUUCUUGUCAAAUGUGUUUUCAGGAUUGACCAAACUGCAGGCUUCUUGACAGACAGGGGGGGGAAAGUACUGGAGUUUCAGCACAUACAUCAUAAAUUAUACGCAGAUAAUCAACACAAGAUGUUAGGUUAUUUUAAUAUUCAAAAAAGGAUUUAGCAAAUAUCGAGAAAAUUGCUCUGAAGUCGCUUCUGCGCUCUGUUGCCAUGGUGAUUUAACUAGCUUCAAAAUUUCUCCUUCACCAUACAGAAAUUAUCCUUUUUUCAGAUCAACUUCUCUCCGUAGUAGACUCCUCUGAGCAAACCGGGACGCCUCUGCUGCCUGCGGCCGUGAGAGAUGACGGGAGUCCGGGUGGUCGUGGUGGGGGCCGGGGUGGUCGGGCUCUCCACCGCCGUCUGCAUCGCGGAGUCGCUGCCCGUCUGCUCGGUCACGCUGCUGGCGGAGAAGUUCAGCCCGGACACCACCAGUGAUGGAGCUGCCGGGAUCGUGUUUGCGGCUCCAUUUCCAGAUAUUCCUCUGGAAAGACAACGCCGCUGGUUCAAGGACAGCUUUGAUCACCUUCUGGCUAUCGCACAAUCCCAGCACGCUCCAGAUGCCGGCGUAAUACUCAGCUCUGGCUGGCAGAUUUUUAAGGAGGUCCCAGCCACCAAGGAGCCGUACUGGUCCGACUUGGUGAUUGGCUUCAGAGCCAUGACCGACCGUGAACUGAAACGUUUUCCAGACCACAAGUUUGGACAAGUGUUCACUACUGUAAAAUGUGAAUGCUCCAGCUACCUUCCCUGGCUUGAGGAGAGGUUUAGAAAAGCAGGAGGCCGGGUGGAGCAGAGGAGAGUCAGCAGCCUGCAGGAGUUAGGUGACGGUUUUGACCUCGUCGUCAACUGCUCCGGUCUCGGCUCCAAAGCGCUGGUGGGAGACCCAGGCGUGUACCCAGUCAGGGGCCAGGUCCUCCAGGUGGAGGCCCCCUGGUUGACGCACUUCAUCAGGGACGGGGACGGGAAGACCUACAUCUACCCCGGCGUCCACAGCGUCACCAUAGGCGGGACGAGACAGGAGGGAGACUGGCGCCUCCAUGUGGACAGAGGAGACAGCGCCAGCAUCCUGGAGCGCUGCAGCAGGCUGGAGCCGUCCCUGAAGAAAGCGAAGGUUCUGGGCGAGUGGGUCGGGUUGAGGCCGAGCAGGAGGAACCCCAGGGUGGAGAGGGAGAGGAUGCUCCUGCAGGGCCGCACAAGCGUGCCGGUCGUUCACAACUACGGCCACGGGGGCUGGGGGGUCACCAUUGCCUGGGGUACGGCUUUGGACGCCCUGGGGCUGGUCAGACAGUGCCUGAAAGAAAUGCCUCGGGCUAAGCUGUAGGCUAAACUAGUACGGCACUAAAACACGUCUUUACUAGAGACAGAACAUCCUGGUUUAUCACCACAUAAUAUCCCCACACAUAAAAAAAAUAUUUGGAAAUAUUUCCAUUUGCAAAGAAGCGUAGGAGCACCAGCCGUCUCUCAUUAAGGUAGCUGACUAACCAGCUUUUUAAAAAAAUAUAAAGUGAAGGACAGCGAAAGGGUGCAACAUUCUGUGCAAUAAAACAAACGAGAAAUACUUUUUCCUUCCACUAAACCAUCACUGACCUUUUGCCAAACUGUCGACUCACCUUGAUUAUGUGGGCCUUUGUCACAUUAUUGUAUUAAAAAUACUUU